UGUUAGCAUCUUGAGCCAAACAACCCGUCCAGCCUAUAUUCAUGACCUUAUUCUCACUAAAACAUGCAGGUUUAUCUCUGGAGAACCGGCCCCGGUGCCGGUGUACCGGACAGAACCUGCAGAGUCAGGAUAAAAGAGAUUUAAUGUGAUGUAAUGAGAGCUAAUCCAGCUAAUCAGGUCCAGAUUGACCCCUCCUGUGUGAGAUAGCUAACAUUCACCUGAACUAGAGAGGUACUACUACACACACAGAGAGGUGGAGGAAGUACUCACAUACCUUUACUGCAGUAGAAGUACUAAUACCACACUGAAAUACUCCAGUACAAGGACAAGACCUGCACUCAAAACCUUAUUGAAGUAACAGUAUUGUCAGAGUGAAUACCAGAAGAGCUACAGGGUUUCCCGCUCCAGAAGUGUUUCUCCUCGGCGCUGCGUACCAUUGGCCGGUCUGCGCUCCGACCAGAUGGGUAUCAGCAGAGAACCGGGUCUCCAGCGGCGGAAGAAGCUCGGUCCUGGUGGUCUCGCUCAGUCCUGCAGCGAUCUGCUCUGUCCUCCAGAUCCACAGCAGCACUCCCUCUCUGCACUCAGAACAGCUCCCCCUGCUGCCUCUAGGAGUCGCUCAGCCCACAGGAAGGAACCUUCCCUGGAGCCAAAUCCUCCGACACCCCCUGGAGAACGAGCUGACCCUGGAUCUCCUGUAGAGUCUGGACCUCCAGCAGGACCACGACCUUCUGCUGACCCUGGACCUUCAGUAGAACCAAGAGCUGCUGCAAAACCUGCGAAGCCCCGCUCCUCCAAGCUUGACAGCCAACCACAGCUGAGCCGCCCUCUGACAGCGGCGCCGAAUGGACAGCAGCCCUCGGCCAAUGAGCACGCUCUGCGGUGGAGGGCGGGCCUGAGGGCUGAAGGUCAAAGGUCAGGAAGUCAAAGGUCAGAGUACAACAGACAGUUUAGCUGGAAGAAACCUGACACUGCUGCUGCUUCACCCAUACUGACUGCAGAACAGGUGCUCCACUCCGGCAGCAGAGCUGUGCCCCCCUUUAAGAAACACCCUGUUCCCAUGGAAACAGAGUAUCGGCGCAGCUUCCAUGGUCUGGUCCCGCCCACCGAGCCCCGCCUCCGGAAACACCUGGAACAUCAUCAGAGAGUCCCGCUGUUCCACUUACAGACGACCAACAAAAAGAGGAGGGAGGAGUCAGAGAAGAAGCCCCGACUCAAACAAGAUGCCCCCGCUCCUCAGAAAGAUGAUGCCACUCCUCCUACUUGUCCUCCUCCUCCUCCUCCUCAGGUGCAGAGAGGACACAGGAUGUUGACAGAGUAUGAGACCAGCUUUCGUUCUCCCCUCUACAGGAUCCUGGAGGGAGGCGGAGCCACGGACGGCGACCCCCUUCAGGCGAAGGAGUUGCGUGAGAAGGCGGCGUCGUACCGCCGUCGAGCCUGGGGAGCUAAUUUCUCCAGAGGUCACCUGAACCAGCUGCUGUCCGAACACAACGCUCUGUGGGAGCCAACGGACACCACGGACUCAACUACUGACCCCCCCACACCCCGCCUGACCUUUGACCUCUGUCAAGACCCAGACAGCCAUAGCACUUCCCCUGUGGAGCCUCUGGACCUGGCCAGUAACUCCAGUAAGAGGUCUUCUGUUUUGGGCUCAGGAAACAAAAACACACAAAUAAAAGCACAAACACCUCCAAGUCCUGCUGCUGGAAGACGUACGGCCUGGGGAGAAGAAGAAGAAGAAGAUACAGAUGAGGAGGAGGGAAGGUUACCGACUCCGAGGCUGAAGAUACGACCGGUUCAGAGAACUCACCAUGACCUCACCACACCCGCCACCGGAGGCGCUAUGCUAGUGGGAAAACUGAAGAGCAGUGAUAUGUCCUCCCCAUACAAACAGAGGUGUGGGUCGGCUGUUUCCGUGGUUGACAUGUUCAACCCCCCGCACCUCCCCCCCUACUCCGCUGGCCCCUCCCCCGACCACAAACCAGCCGCCAGUCCUGCCUCUAAACCAAUCAGGACGAAGCAAACGACUCCGUCCCCUGUAGCCCCGCCCCCUCUGGUCCCGCCCCCACAGCACUGCAUCCAAGGUACUCUGAGACACGCCGACUUCCAGCACAACGGUGACUUGGGUUUGAAGUUCAGGGAGCUGCAGUGUUCAGGAGGAGGCUGCUGUUCUGAUGAAGACGACCGGCUGUCUGUGAUGUCGUGGCGUUCGGCGGCCUCCUGCUCCAUGGCGUCCGCCGUGCUGGAGCGCGCUCAGAAGAGACGAGAGAACUUCUGGGGGAAGAGAUGACCUCUGACCUCCCGGCCCCUGAUGAGUCUUUAGUCUCCGUCCAUCACUGCUGUACAAUAAUUAGUGAGAAUAAUGUAUUUUUAUAGAUGAGUUCAAGGUUAUUUUUUAUAAAGUAAUAGAUGAUUUUAUAAAUGUAGUAAUAAUGUUUUAUUUAAUGAUGAUGUUGCUGAAAUCAGAGUGAUAAAAGUGACAGAAACACCAA